AUGUGCCGUGGCACCGGUACACGCCAUCGUGUGAAGAAAUGGCCAGUUUCAGUCACGGCCCGCCAACACAAGCUGGUCAUCCCUGCUGAGUCUCCUGAUAAAAAGUUUGUUCUUAUUGUAGGAGCGUCCCAUCUGCGCUCCAUUGCAGACGGGAUCGUGCCGAUGCCAGAGGGAAUGCUUUCCUUUGGUGUCAUGUCCACACCGGGGGCCGGUGCGUCCGACCUGAGGACCGAGUUACUCAACGCUGACGUACCUCGGACCCCGGACGCAGUCUGCAUCAUGGCCCCCAGCAACAACCUGACAGCCAGCCGGACGCACCGGGAGGCAGGAGAUGACUUCCAGAAGCUCCUGUACAGUGCCCGCAGUCAUUGGCCCAAUGUCUUUGUCUUGGACUUUGUGCCACGUCUGACUGUUGAUCCUCAGCUACAAGAGUUCAUGCGUCAAGUGUUCCAUCGAGUGGCAGCAAGAAUGGGUAUCAAGUACUUCUCGUCUUCUGGCCACUUCCCUUUGAACAACUUGGACCUGUGGAGCCCAGAUGGUGUUCACUUGAGUGAUGGCGAAGGCAUGGUGGUCCUCACUCGUUUGCUGUGGGCUGCAGCUUACGAGUCACUGGAGGUGCCUGUACCAAAACCGCAGGCCGCUCCCAGGACAUCAUUGCCUGUUCGUCACGUCACUCCAAGGGUCGUUGUGAGGGGAGAGGUCAUCGUGCCUCGCCCCUCUUACCCUUACGAGUGGACGUCUGUGGAGAGGGGCAGGAAGAGGAAUGUACCGGUACCUGAGGAACCUGCACAGUCCUCUGGUGCACCGAAAAAGAUAAAGGUUCAACAGCAGUUUGUUGCCACUCCUGUCGCAUUGAAGGAGUGCUUCAUCCCGCUGAACCCCGUGAGGUUCAGCAUUUCCAUGUUGGCUGUCAUGGAUGCUGUUGUCCCUUCCCAUCUUCCUACCCCUGAGUGCACCGCUGUUCCACAUGACAAAACGAAACCUGUCGUGGAACGUAGGCGGAAAGCUGUUGCCUGCAAGAGGAGACCUGCAAAGCGCCAGGUUGAGGCAACACCCAGUGUUGUGGAGGUGUGUCCCCGUCCCACACCUGCCAGUCCUGUGAAAGUGGUUGCUGCUGCAGAGGCUCAGGUGACACCAUGCGUGGUGGACACAUCCCCAGAGCCUUCACCUGCCACGGCUGUGGAAGUGGUUGCUGCUGCGCAGGAGGAGGAGGCCCCGGUGACACCAGGCGUGGUGGAUGCCUUCCCAGACCCAUCACCUGCCACAGCUGACGAGGAGGAAGUCAGCACACCAAGAUCUGUCAAAGAUGAGUAUGAUGCUAACCCAAUUUCUUGCAGGUGUUUAGAAAACGAGCCAAUAGCACCAGUAGUUUCCGGUAAACUCAGAGCAGCACCAUUAACUCAGGAUGUAAAUGUAUCAAUAGCGGGUAGUGUUGUAGCUGCGAUAAAACAUGCAAUUGCUCCGGUUUGUACAUGGCGAGGGAAAGAUAUUGAUGAUAUCUGUGCAGAAGGCAGCAAGUUGGCCAGUUUAGUUGCUGAAGGAAGCCAGGACAGUGUUGAGAUUAAACUGUGUAAAUUGAUUGAACAGGGUAGUUUGUUUGGCAGGAAGUGGAAGGUAGACGUUGCCUCGCCAGUGUACGGAGAUUUUGGGUUUUUGGAUGACGACAGUGUGAUGUAUGAACAGCUACAGGAAACUUUGCUGAGUGAUGGAAUGUGUUUGUUGAACCUCCAAGGUUCAGUCAGUGCAAUUAUUCAUCACAAUAAGUACUUUGUGGUAGUUGAUUCUGGGACUCGUGAUGCAUCUGGGCUGGCAUCUAUUUUUGGCAGAUCUGUAGCUGUUUUCAACACAUCCGUGCGUGACCUGAUGUAUCAUAUCAGACAUCUUAAGAGGUCUUUGGGUGCCCACAGUGCUCUGGCUCAUCAACGUCUACGUCAGGGACGCCUUGACGAGGCUCGACGAGACGAGAGCCAGAGUCACUUCCAUCUUUGGUGAUCUUUUGAAGAUGGACUCCACC